AAUUAAAGACGUGAAGAACGUAUAUUUUCAGCCACUUCACCUUCUCCCUUUGCUCCUCUGUAUGCCCAUAUUUCCUCUGCAACUCCCUCUCUCUCUCUCUCUCAUUUCCCACCUUCCAUUUCCGAGUCCCCUUUUAAUAGUAUAUCAAUUCAAAAUUUACACACGGCACACCCCAUUUCCAUCCAACAAUUUUUUAGCUGCCUCGAAAAAUAAAAACAAUUUUCCCAUCAUCAAAUUUUUUCGCCCCACCAUGCAAAACGAAUUUCUGGCCUUUCCCGUUUCCAGCGUCUUCAUAGUCCCAGAUGUUGACUUUCUUUAUCUGAAUAUGUAGAAAAAGAGUCUCUUUUUUCAUGGGUUUUCUGAUCCCUUUUAAUCCCGUUAAUUUCUUGAUUUAACCCCAGCGGCUCAUUCAUCUUCGCCCCAUUAGUGUUUUUUUUUCGUGUUUUCUGCUGUCGAUUUUUUUUUUUCUUACAUUUUGGGGAAAAUCUAUCUAGUGGGUGCAUUUUUGGGAUGAAUUUUGUUGGGUUUCCUUUAUCAUUUAGUUUAAUGGGUUUGAAAUGGAUCUGAAAUUGGAGAUUUUUUUCUUUUGAUUAUAGCGGCGUGAGAUAUCUUGAUUUUACCCCAAUUUGUUAGUUUCAAUUUUUGCAAAUAAUCAUUUGGGAAAUCAAGAAUGGAUCACGUCAUUGGAGGAAAGUUUAAGCUGGGGAGGAAGAUUGGUGGGGGAUCCUUUGGGGAGCUUUAUUUGGGAACACAUGUACAAACUGGUGAAGAAGUGGCCGUGAAGCUGGAAUCUGUUAAGACUAAACAUCCUCAGCUUUACUAUGAAUCGAAGUUGUAUAUGCUUCUUCGAGGCGGAACUGGGGUUCCCGAGCUCAGAUGGUUCGGAGUUGAAGGUGAGUACAAUGCCAUGGUUAUCGACCUUCUCGGGCCGAGCUUGGAAGAUUUGUUUAACUAUUGCAAUAGGAAGUUCUCACUGAAAACAGUUCUCAUGCUUGCUGAUCAAUUGAUUAAUAGAGUGGAGUUCAUGCACUCGAGAGGCUUUCUUCACCGUGAUAUAAAGCCGGAUAACUUCUUAAUGGGCUUGGGACGCAAAGCGAAUCAGGUGUACAUUAUUGAUUAUGGACUUGCAAAGAAAUACAGAGAUCUUAAUUCUCACAGGCACAUACCAUACAGGGAAAACAAAAAUCUUACCGGUACAGCUCGUUAUGCGAGUGUUAACACUCAUCUUGGAGUUGAACAAAGCAGAAGGGAUGAUUUAGAGUCUCUUGGCUAUGUCCUCAUGUAUUUUCUCCGGGGAAGUCUUCCCUGGCAAGGACUGAAAGCUGGCACGAAGAAGCAGAAAUACGACAGAAUCAGUGAGAAGAAGAUGCUUACACCGAUGGAAGUGCUUUGUAAAUCGUACCCAUCUGAGUUUCUCUCGUAUUUUCAUUAUUGUCGAUCAUUAAGAUUCGAAGACAAGCCUGAUUAUUCGUAUUUGAAGAGACUCUUCCGAGACCUGUUUAUUCGUGAAGGUUAUCAGUUUGAUUAUGUGUUUGACUGGACCAUAUUGAAGUACCCGCAAAUCGGAUCCAGCUCUCGAACACGACCAACUGGGAAACCACCUACAAAUGCAGGACCAUCUUCAGAAAGAGUGGAGAAGACACCUGUGAAACAAGAAGUUCGAGAGAGGCUUUCGGGCGCCGUUGAGGCGUUUGCUAGGAGAAAUGGUGGUGAUCACUUGAGGCACAAAUCUUCAGAGGAUGUUCCAUCAUCUAAAGAUGUGCAAGCUGAUUCUGAGAGAGGGCGGUUAUCACGGACCAGUGCCGCAAAGAGGGCAGUGGCGUCGAGCAGCCGGCCCAGCACCUCAGUUGAACGUGAAAAUCGUCAGACCAAAACUGGAGGCCGCCCAUCAACCACUCAGUAUGAGCCCAAGACCUCCUCGUUCGCUCGUGCCGGUGGCGCUGCAAGAGGCGUCCGAGAUGAAACCCUUAGAAGCUUCGAGCUGCUAACGAUUGGCACGGGGAAGAGGAAAUAGUCGAGACGCCGUAGCUGUACGCAGUUUUGUCCGGGGACCGGAAACGCGCUAUGGGGGUCGCCGGAAUACGAUACAGAGGUCCCAAUCCGACCCAUCUCUCCUUCCUUCUUUCCUUGUUUAGUCAUACAUAUAUAUAUUGCCAUGUAACACACGAAGAUGAUUGUAUCUUUGCCAUGGGAGCUAUUCAUAUAUGUAACACAAACCUCAUGGGUUUUUGGUGGCUAAGAUUCAUUGAAAAAAAAUAAAAAAUCAACUGUGUGUGUGUGUGUGUGUUAAGACCAGUUUCUUAUUCUGCUUAACCAAAAACAUGGCAUAACAUGAGAUGCAAAGAUCUUCCAACUGUAGUGAAAGGUGUUUUCUAAGCAA